CGUGGCCACGCGUCGUGCUCGCAGCUGCUUCCGGCGUGAUGGACGACGACGCGUACGAGGGAGACCUGGGCCUCGCCGAGCGGCGUGCCGCAUCGCCGGAGGAGCUGACCAAGCUGCCCGAAGGGACCACAGCUGGAGAAACCCCGCCAGUGGCCGUGGGCUGCCUGGACGCCAGCAGCGCGCACGACGACGAGGUGAGCUCACUGCAGAGCGAGUUGGACAUCUGCCGGCGGCUGCUGAAUGCCAAGUACCUGGCGGCGCACAUCCUGCUUAAGCAGCAGCUGGUGCGGGUCAGCGAGGAGAAGGAGGAGGGCACGCGCCGCAGCCACCGCCAGUGUGCAGAGCUGCUCAAGGAGCUUAACGGCCUGCAGUAUGAGCUGCAGUGCAUGGAGGAGCACCUGCGCCGCAGCCAGCAGACUUGGCUCGACCGACUCAACAGCCUCGUGCAGGAGAACAGUGAUAACCUCGAAAGGCUGAAGGCACAGGGGGAGGCACUCAAGAGGCUCACCUAUACUGCACAAGUGCUGCGCCGCGAACGCGACGAGCUGCUGGCGCUGAGCGACGUCAAGGAGCGCGACGUGUACCUGCAGCCCGCGGCGAGCCCCCGGUCGCCGCUCGAGCUGGCCGCACUGGCGGCGUGCGCGUGCCGCGGUCCUCGCCAGGAGCCCUGCCGCUGCGCGCACGCGGCUGCCCACAAGCAGCGGCAGCUGGCGCAGCUCGCCGAGCGCGCCAAGCGGGCCGAGGCCGAGGCGCGCGACAGCGCCAAGACAGCGGACAUAUACCGCGAGGCGUUCGAGGUGCAGCUGGCCAGGAACCGCACGCUCACGCGCCGCCUCGCCCAGAUGCAGUCGCGCAGGGACCUGCUCGGAACGCUGCUCACCAAGAAGCCCGACAGGAGCCUCGUCGACGACCUCGUGGAGAACCUGUGCGACAAGAACGAGGCCCUGGUCCACCAGCAGGUGAUGGUCAAGCUCCUCGCUCUGCAGCUGGGACACGGCGAUCAGUGACCACUUGGGAGCAAGCCGCUUCCAAGCAACAGACGCACUGUUGGGCAGUACCAGGGCUCCUUCACAAAACGCACCAAUUGAUCGGUGCUGCUACUCGCAGUUAACGCGCACGCCAUAUUUUAUCUAGUGUGCUGAAUUUUACUACACUCGUGUUUCAAUUUACUUUUUAUGGAAAAAGUUCUUAUGCCAGUUUUGUUUCAUAAGUCGCGUUUCAAUAAUACGAUAAUAAAUAAGUCGACAUCAGUCGUAUUUUGGUUAUUUGGACGAGCCGCGAGGAAAACGGCGCCCAGUCUAGCCUCCUUCAUUUCUGCUAAUUACUUUCACAUUCUCGAGCACAAGGUCUCUAGGGCGAUGGCCAAAUUAUAAAUAGUGAGCAUCGACCUGCCGCUUGUAUUCGCACCGCACGCCUCUUUCUGGUCUCGAGUUUUCGACAUCAAGCCGUUCCGGUACCACACGUGCUACAUCAUCGGCAGUAUGGUUGAAAGCGCAACUUUCACAACGGCCUUCGUAACUUGUUCUUGCAUCACCUUCGCAAGUCGCCUAGUCAAUUGAUGGUAAGAAAGCGACCGAUAGUUUUCUUAUCGAAUUCGGCGCCAACUUCGGCAGAUGGUUGUUUUAACAAAACAAAAAUGAUAAAAUAGAAUAAAAUAGAAUGUGCCAUUUGUGCUUGCUGUCGCGGUGUUUUUGUAAUUAAUUCAAUAUUAAAAUGAAACAACCGUUAUUGCGUGAAAGAAACGAAGGCGAUUUCCUUUUGCUUCACCUGCAGGGAAUGUCGGUUUCGUCUGAAGCCUGUUUCACGUGAUGCGAUUUUCAUCGAUUCGGUCGCAUGCGACAGAAAUCGCACUUGCACUCCUUGCAAGCUCACCGGCUACGAUUCGUAAAUUGAAAUAUGUGCCGUAAGGUAAUUAGAAAAUACUGAUUUUUUAAUUACUUCAAUAUGUGUUUCGGUUUUCUCGUGCAAGUAAUGUCCGCCUCUCUGAAUAAUCCAGCUCAAGGACUAGAAUUAUGUUACCCGCAAAAGGCGAUUUUUAAAAAGUCCGGCAGACAUAAGGUGGAUCACCCCGCAUAUCGUAAUUAAUUUUCUACAGUAGCAUAUACGCUUUCACAAGGAAUAAGCAGCAUCGUCAAUUUGUUUUUGAAGCGUUAAUGCACAAUAAGCAUCAUUGAAACAGUUGUAUCUAAAUUUUCUAAUGUAUCAUUUUUUCCAGCACCGAAGCCAAUAAACAUUCAAUAAGUUGCA